AUGGGUGAACUACCCCCGGCAAGACCGGUUCAAGUCUGCUUCGUUGACGAGACGAGCGAUCUUCAGACUCUCUACGACGACGACAAGGAUGCCGCCCCUGGUCCCGGUCCUCUCAAGUCACUCCUCCCCGUCCGCCACGCAGGGCCGUCAAGUUCUCGACAACAUGCCGAGCACGGCAACGUCCAUUCCACGAGCAACAUAUUGCAUGACUACCGAGACCUGGAUCAGAGGACACUGUCCGCCUUCCCGCCAGGGUCCCGACUUGGGCUUUCAAAUCGGGCUGAUGCGACCCUGCAGGCAGGAUUCUACCCGCUACACAGCUGGCGGGAAGCAAAGUUGAUGAAGUAUUACAUUGAACACAUGUGCAGCUGGAAACUGACGCUCGGCAUCACCGUUCAGUUCGACCCCUGCGAUUCGGCACAACACUUUGCCAUCGACGUGCCGCGCAAGGCAAUGUCAUGUCCAGCGCUGCUCAACGCCAUAUUUGCCUUGUCGAGUCGACAUCUGAGUCUAAAGGGGAAACACUUCGACCACUGGAUCUCGAACCAAUAUCACGACCAGUGCCUGCAACAGCUUUCCAGCAUUACAAGCGACACCCAGGCCCUUCUUGACGACGACUUGCUUGCGGCUACCGUCAUCCUGCGAACGUUGGAGGAGAUUGAAGGUGUGGAUGCACUGCAAUGA